AGUAUCAAAAAAUCAAUACUCACUUCUUCGCCAGAAAAUGGAGGAUUUCAAUCGUCGUGCCGAAGAAUUGGAUCAAGUCGAGAAGAACGUCAGUUUAGGGUUGAAGAAAAUUCAAGAUGAAAUGGACAGUAUCCAGCUGGAAGUCGAGCCAGACGACGUGGAGAUUACGUCGACUAAGCGUGGAUUCUGGGAGCACGACAUCACGAAUUUGUCGCCGUUUCCGGUUGUAUGCAGGGUCCGAGCCACCAGCCCAUCGAUGUUCGUGGUGAAUAAGAAUGUGUUCUUGUUGAAGCCCAUGGAUUUUUUUAAGUUGAUGAUCUCCCGCAAGCCCGGACAAAUCCGUUCCCACCACCUCAAAAUAGAUGUGACACAAUUCGUGGACACCUUCAACCCCAUCAACCUCCUCGACUACUUCAUCGCCUCGAAUCCGUUCAAGACAUUUGUGGUUCGGUAUCACGGAGCACCGAGAUAUUGGUCCGAUGCGUUAGAGAUGAACAGUUGGCUGACUGGUGAGCAGUUGAAUGAGCAAUGGGAGAAGGAAAUGAAGAAGACAUCCCAGGAGAAGAAAUCGUCGUUGGAAACGAGUGAAGUGAGCAGUGUGAACGAGUUUGUGGAUGCUGAAGAGGAUAAUUUCCCUGUUCAACGGGCCGCGAUGAACAUCACCAAUGUGCUCACAGUGGCGUCACAAGUUCCAGAUGAGUCGAAUAAAAAUGAGCCCGAUUCGGAUAUUGAUAGUGUGGUGAGUGGGACGAUCGAUAGUGAGCUCGCGAAUCUGAAGAUCUAGUCGUGUCGAAGAAUAUUGUGGAAAUAAAUUAAACUACGUAUACAAAAAUGUUUCCCCCGAAUAAAGUGUAUAUCGAUU